GUUCGGGAAUACGAGCCCGCGCUCCUCCCUCAGCGAAGAGUCGACACGAGAGAGCGGCGGAAAUCGAGGUUAUGAUUAAAGCUCUGAAAAUUGCAUAUCUACAUAAAAUUUCGGUCUAAAUAUAACGAAGUUAAAUAAUCUUGCAGGGACUUACAAACUCGUGCGACUUUUUCCAGCUCUGCUCCCACAUAAAUGUAAUCUUCUAAAACAAAAGUACGUGCAGGGCCGCACGUUAAGAAGACACCCAGUAUGAAAACUGGAUUUACAAGGAGUUCUUUCCUUUUUUCCUUUCUUUUGAACCAGAAACAAAAACUAUUCGACAGCAUAUCAUGAUGGUUAACACAUACUGGAGAGGAGACACAACAAAGGUUAUCCUGCUACAAGUUCUUGUUGCCAAUUCUUUAUUGCUCUUCUCAUCAGUCACGGGCGAUGCUGCAACAUGUAACACCAAAUCUGUUAUACCUGAAGUUAAAAUCUUCUCAAGUCCGCCAAACCGCACGCAACCCAUCGCAGCAGCCAUUAAUCUGACCUGUGAAGCGUGGCCCAAGCACAAAGACGUGUCUUAUCCCAGGAGAUGGAUCAAGUAUAUCCAGUGGUAUAAUACCCAUGGAAGACAAAUUGGAGACAAAUGCCUCAACACACAAUCAGUGAAGAAUCUGAAAUGUCCAUUAAUUCUCAAAAAUCUGACCAUAGAAAACUUCGGGAACUACACUUGUGAAGCAGAAAAUGACUAUGAUGGAUACUGCACGAGAACAUCCGUUGAAAUUCUUCAUAAAGUUAACAAUCAGAUUAUUCCCAACACAAAUAAAUUUGGGAACGCACCCCAUCUUCUAUUUCCUGAGGUGGUUGAAAACCCAAAGAACCAAAGCGCUUUCAUUGGCUCAAAUGUAACUUUUAACUGUACUGCCACGGGUCUUCCAACACCAGCCAUCUCAUGGAUGAAGAACAACGACUCAUAUGCGGUAACAUCCAAUGUGAGAGCCAGGGUUGUUCCAGAGAACAAAAAUAAUCACAGUCAGCUGAUAAUAACGGAAGUGAAGAUAGAAGAUAAUGGCAAAUAUCAGUGCAUUGCAAGAAACAGUGAUGGUGAGAGGACAUCGUCAGCGGCUUUCUUGUACAUAAAAGAGUUAGGUAAGACUCCCUUACAUUGUUGGAAAUCUUAG